AUGAGGCUAUCCUUAUCUGUUACACUCCUUUUUUGUUUCACGCUACAGGCGCUGCUCUUAUAUGAGGCUGAAGCAAGACGUGGUGGUGGAGGAAGACGCCGAGGAGGCGGAGGUGGUGUUCGCAGAGGAGGUGGCGGAGGCUUUAGAGGCCGUGGCGGCGGAGGUGGAUUUGGACGUGGAGGAGGCUGGAGAGGUCGCGGAGGAGGUGGAGGAGGAUGGAGAAGACCUGGAGGUGGACGUGGAGGAGGCUGGAGAGCUCCCGCAGCUGCACGCCCUGUAGGAUGGGGAGGUCGUGGACGUGGAGGUGGAGGAGGUUGGAGAGGACCAGGAGCUGGACGCCCAGGAGGUGGAAGAGGACUUGGCGCUGGACGUGGAGGAGGCUGGAGAGGUCCCGCAGCUGCACGCCCUGCCGGAUGGGGAGGUGGUGGACGUGGAGGAGGAGGAGGACGGAGAGGACCUGGAGCUGGACGUCCAGGAGGCUGGCGAGGUCGUGGAGGUGGAGGUAGAGGUGGCGGGAGAAGUGGCGGAGGAGAUCGGAGAGGAGGUGCCGGACGUUGGGCUGGUCGCGGUCAAGGCGGAAGGGGACGUAAUCGUGGCUCUGCCGGCCGUUCGCGCUUUGGAGGAGGAAGAGGAGGAGGAGGACGAGGAAGAGGAUGGGGCGGAAGAGGAGGUGGUGGCUAUGGUUGGAGAGGUGGCCGUCCAGGAGGCGGACGUGGUGGUGGCGGUGCCGGUAAUCUUGGUUUGGUUGGUUUAACAGGCUUGGCAGGAUUGGCAGGUUUGGCAGGAUUGGCAGGAAAUGGUGGUCCCUACUAUCCACCAUAUGAACCAUACCAAACAGUCGUAGUCCAGCCGCAGCCAUAUCCAGUGCCAGUGGCGACACAGUAUGCAGAGCCUUGCAUUGCGACGUUCUCUUACUACUCCAACGGCCUUCCAGUCUACCAAUGUGACUGCCCCGGUUAUGACAUUUCGUAUCAAUACAACCGAUGUGUUCCGCCGGUAGACGAACCUUACAAAAAAAGCUGAUUUUCUAGGUCCCGAUAUGUAACCAUAUGAAUCGUCUAUUCAAUUUGUCACUGAAGAAGCGUAACUGUUCACCAAAGAGCCACAUGUUUCAUGACUUCAACAUUUUCAAUAUUGAGCCUCAGAAUUUUUUCACACAGGUACCAAAGUCA